AAAUACAUUAUUUCAUUUUAGUGUUGAAAAUUUUCACAAAACAAAAAAACUUCACUCGAAGAAGAGAACAAGAUCUGCGAAGAACGAAGGUUUCAACAAUGGCUUCCAUCGAUAAGGAGCUUGAAGAAGAGCUUCUUGGUGCUGGUAACAAGCUUCUAGAUCCUCCUUCUUCUGUGGAUAAUCUACUUGACAUCCUGAUUCAAAUUGAAAGCUGCCUAUCAAGGGUUGAACAAUCACCUCCUGAAUCUAUGCUAAAUGCACUGUCUCCAUCAUUGAAAGCAUUAAUUGCUGAUAAACUUAUAAAGCAUUCAGAUGCUGAUGUCAAAGUGGCUCUUGCCUCCUGCUUCAGUGAGAUAACAAGAAUCACUGCACCUGAUGCUCCUUAUGAUGAUGGUCAAAUGAAGGAGGUCUUUAGGUUAAUUGUAUCUUCAUUUGAAAAUCUACAUGAUAAGUCAAGCCGAUGGUACUCAAAGAGGACUUUAAUCCUCGAAACAGUUGCAAAAGUCAGGUCAUGUGUGGUAAUGCUGGAUCUUGAAUGCGAUGCCCUCAUUUUGGAGAUGUUUCAGCAUUUCUUGAAGACAAUAAGGGAACAUCAUCCAGAUAAUGUUUUCUCGUCCAUGGAAACUAUAAUGAUCCUCUGUCUAGAAGAAAGUGAAGAAAUAUCUGAUGACUUACUCUCUCCAAUCUUAGACAGUGUAAAGAAAGACAAUGAGGAGGUUUUGCCAAUUGCUCGAAAGUUGGGGGAAAGAGUCCUUGAAAGUUGUGCAACAAGGCUUAAACCCUGUUUAUUGCAAGCUGUGAAUACCUUGGGUAUUUCUUUGGAUGAUUAUGGUGAUGUUCUUGCCUCAAUAUGCAAAGAGACAUCUGAUAACUUGGCGCAAAAUGAUGUAUGUGCUACUAGUGGUCAUGUGGUACAUGAUCGCAAAUCAGCAGAAGAGCCUGUGGAGGAGUCGGCACAGGUGGAUAGUGAGAUUACAAAAGAAGCCACACCACCACAACAAGAUAAUGCUGCUGGAGACAGAUCUCCCAAGUCUGUCAUGAGCAAUGGCAUUGCACAGGCUGGUGAAGAUGAUACUUUAGAUGUUUCAAAGUCCCUUGAGAAGCAAGAUGGUACCGACUCUCCUGUUCUGUCCAAAGGAAAUAAUUUAUCUGGUAAUGAUGAGCGCGAUGAUAUGGACACUGAAAAAAUCGACAGUAAAGAUCCAAAGCUGGAAAGAAGUACCAUUAAGAAGCAAGAUGGUACCGACUCUCCUGUUCUGUCCAAAGGUAAUAAUUUAUCUGGUAAUGAUGAGCGCGAUGAUAUGGACACUGAAAAAAUCGACAGUAAAGAACCAAAGCCGGAAAGAAGUGUCAGGAGGAAAGGAAAGAAAGCUAGCUCUUCAAAGUCGACCAAACCUUCUAAGAAGUCAAAUGUUGUCAGUGAGAAGGAAGCUGAGAAAACAGCUGACUCUAAAAGUUCCAAAAAAGAAGUUCCUAUUUCUCUUAAUGAGGAUAGUGUUGUUGAAGCUACCGGAACUUCAGAGAAUGACAAAGAGAUUAAAGCUAAGAUUUCAUCACCUAAAGCAGGUGGCCUUGAAUCUGAUGCUGCUGGUUCUCCUUCCCCAAGUGAGAGCAAUCAUGAUGAGAAUCGUUCUAAGAAACGCGUACGAACAAAAAAGAACGAUAGCUCUGCAAAAGAAGUGGCUGCAGAAGAUAUUUCGAAAAAGGUGUCUGAAGGAACAUCAGAUUCUAAAGUAAAACCAGCAAGGCCAUCGGCAAAAAAGGGACCCAUUCGUAGCUCUGAUGUGAAAACUGUUGUACACGCAGUUAUGGCUGAUGUUGGGUCAUCUUCGCUGAAGCCGGAGGACAAGAAAAAGAAGACACAUGUGAAAGGUAGCUCAGAAAAGGGUCUAGCAAAAUCUUCCGCUGAAGAUGAGGAUAAGGUAACGGUAUCUUCACUUAAGUCAGCUACGAAAACAACCAAAGAUGAACAUUCAGAGGAGACUCCGAAGACAACUCUGAAGAGGAAGCGCACUCCAGGAAAAGAAAAGGGGUCUGAUACGAAGAAAAAUGAUCAAAGCCUUGUUGGAAAACGGGUGAAAGUUUGGUGGCCAGAUGAUAAUAUGUUUUAUAAAGGUGUUGUUGAUUCUUUUGAUUCUUCCACUAAGAAGCACAAGGUCUUAUAUGAUGAUGGUGAUGAGGAAAUAUUGAAUUUCAAAGAGGAGAAAUAUGAAAUUGUUGAAGUUGAUGCUGAUGCUGAUCCAGAUGUGGAAGAAGGAAGUCAUCGAGCAAGCCCUGAACCUUCUGCGGAUAUGCCGCUGAAAAAGAAAGGGAAAACAAAUGCUGGUGAAUCAAAAAAGGAAGUAAAGAAGGAAUCUUCUAAAAGUGGAGGAGCAACAUCCAGUAAAUCAAAGACACCAUCUGCAAAGUCCAACCAAAAGUCCAAGGUUGCUGGCAAAUCUGAUGGUGAAGUUACUAAAAAAUCCAAGGAUUCUGCACAAAAAACUGGUGGUAAAUCUGAGGAUCGUUCUGUGAAAAGUGGUGGUAAAUCUGAGGAUCGAUCUGUGAAAAGUGGCAGCAAAUCUGUUGAUUCUGCACAAAAAAACAAUUCCAAGAAGACUGAUGGUUCCAAGACAAAAAAAUCCAAAGAUGAUGAUGUUGAAACACCAAAGCCUGCUGCUGCUGCCAAGUCUAAGCAAGAAACUCUGAAAAGUGGAAAAUCCAAGCAAGGAACACCUAAGAUUGCAUCUUCCUCCAAGACAAAAUCCACCAAGAGUACUGCCAAGGUGAAAUUUAAUUUGUUGCAGGAAGAAGAUUCUGAUAAUGAGAACUCUGAUGAUUCAUCAAAAGAGGUUGAAGUCGCAAAGGUUAAGACACCAAGUUCUUCAAAGGCUGGAAGUGAGGUCAAGAGUGGAAAGAAGCGCUCAAGAAACUAGAAGUGGAUGUCUACUCUGCUGCAUUCUCAUUGUUUGCUCAUCAACAUUUUGGACAGCCCUUUCUUUAGUCAGUGCCCUCUAUUUAAAAGUGUGUUAAUCUCCUAAUUAUUUGUAGCAGUAUCUGUAGAAGUGUAGCUUAGUUCAGUGGCACUGUAGUGCUAGUUUGUACUGUUCAAUUGCCCCCCCACACCCCCAAAUUAUAAUAGGUAGAGUUUAUUUAAUGGUGAUAAAAGAAUAUGUUUAGUUAGUAACCUUGUUGGAGAAUGUUUUGGCACUUCAGAUAAUGAUAGGAUGAUAAAACUUAACUAUCAAA